UGGGGGGCUCAGGCAGCAGCAGCAGCAAAGCGGCGGCUCCGGACUGAGCUGAUCCCCACGUGUGACGAGCUCAUUCCCGGCUGCCAGUCGCUUCUCUGAGCGGGGGCUUCUUUCCUUUUAAUUUUGGGGGGUGGGGGGGCUGUGUGAGUGAGUGAGUGUGGUUUUUAUUUUUAGUUGCUAGAUAUGGAAGCAGACGGUAGCCAAGCCACCUCUGGCAGUCCAAACGACUCGCAACAUGACCCAGGUAAAAUGUUCAUCGGCGGCCUCAGCUGGCAGACUUCACCAGAUAGCCUUAGGGACUAUUUUAGCAAAUUUGGCGAAAUCAGGGAAUGUAUGGUAAUGCGAGACCCGACCACGAAGCGAUCCAGAGGCUUCGGUUUCGUUACGUUUGCCGAUCCUGCAAGUGUAGAUAAAGUAUUAGCUCAGCCCCACCACGAAUUAGAUUCCAAGACGAUUGACCCUAAGGUUGCAUUUCCUCGAAGAGCACAGCCCAAGAUGGUCACACGAACAAAGAAAAUAUUUGUAGGUGGAUUAUCUGCAAAUACAGUAGUGGAUGAUGUAAAGCAGUACUUUGAGCAGUUUGGCAAGGUAGAAGAUGCCAUGCUAAUGUUUGAUAAGACAACUAACAGGCAUAGAGGAUUUGGCUUUGUAACUUUUGAAAGUGAAGAAGUUGUUGAGAAAGUCUGUGAAAUCCAUUUCCACGAAAUCAAUAAUAAAAUGGUAGAAUGUAAGAAAGCACAGCCUAAGGAAGUGAUGUUCCCACCAGGAACCCGUGGUCGUGCUCGGGGAUUGCCGUACACCAUGGAUGCGUUCAUGCUGGGAAUGGGAAUGCUGGGUUACCCAAACUUUGUUGCAACGUAUGGUCGUGGAUACCCAGGAUUCGCACCAAGCUACAGCUACCAGUUCCCAGGCUUCCCAGCAGCAGCCUACGGCCCAGUAGCAGCGGCAGCGGCAGCAGCGCGAGGCUCAGGUAGGGGCGCCCGUGGAAGAGGCGGCUACAUGGCAUACCCUCAGAAUGUAGGGGCAGGGUUUCCCGAUUACGGUUUCUAUUCCACGCCCGGUGAUCAGCGGGCCUCCUUCUCGUUUGCGGACUACGGCUCGGUUGGACUGCGGGCCGCUCAGAUGCUUCGCAGUGAGCACGCUCCGUCAGCAAGCAGUCCCUCCCUGCACCAUCUAACCAAUCCGGAUCAGUUUAAGAACCCAGGGUCUGCACCCGGAUUAAACAGCCACCUGCUAACGUGGCCACAACCACUGGUAAAAAUGACAGUCCUGAAUAGCUACAGUGCUCAACCGAAUUAUGGCGCCCCUGCUUCCCCAGCAGGCACCAACCCACCGCGGCCUGGUGGAUUCCCUGGAGCCAACAGUCCAGGCCCGGUUGCUGAUAUUUAUGGUACAGCCAGCCAAGACUCUGGUGUCGGUAACUACAUGAGCGCUACCAGUCCCCAACCCGGCUCUGGCUUUGGACACAGCAUUGGGGGCCCCUUGAUUGCGACGGCAUUCACAAACGGAUACCAUUGAAAGCAAACAGGUGGUUGGUUGGUUGCCAUCUCAGGUUUGAGAGUUUAUCAGGAGCUCCAUGCAAGACUGGCCGAACUUUCUGACUGGUCCCAGAUUCAGGUGAUGUCAUCAAAGCGAAGAGGAAAACUUUAACAAAAACACACACAAACGAGCACUACAUCAUCACCGAGCAAAGAAAACUGGAGGUGGCACUCUGUGGACUAAUUGAUUUUUUAAAAAGAAAAAUUAAAUUGCAUCAUCUCAGUGGUCUACUGUAUUAUAAUAAUCUUAGGGUAAAAAGAAAAUGGCAUUUUAAAUGAUUAUUAAUAAUAAUAGUCUUUUUAGUGUUUUUUGAUUUAUUUUGAAAUUUAUUUGAAUCACAGAUAUUAUUUUUUCCCUGCUAUUUGUGUUAUGGGUAGUGACGUAGUUCUUAGACUGUGUAUAAUAUUUCUGACACCAUUAAUCCUGCAAUGUAAUCUCUUCAAACUUUAUGUGUGCGUGUGUGUGUGUGAGCGUGUCAUUUUGACUGGGAAAGAGCCCUGUUUUAGUUCAUAAGAGCCUUCCUCCCAGAUUUUAUGAAUUCUGAAGAACUGUAGGUGUUUGAGGAGCGGGUGA